AUGGCUGCAUUGCAGGAGCUUGCCGAUCGGACCAAGGCCGAAGACAAGGUCUACGUCGACACUGAUGUGGGCGUUGACGGCGACGAGGCUGAUGGCUCCGAGCAGAAGCCUUUCAAAUCCCUUGGCUACGCGUUCAUUCGCAACCAUGGCUUGCCCACCAAGACGUACCAGAUCCGCGCCUCUACAACUGGCACCCUGGGCCCUGACGAGGAGCCUUCGACCCGCCUGAUCUGGAAGGAGCCGGCAAAGAGUGCCGUCAAGAAGGCCCAGUCGAUGCUGGACGCGCACAAGAAGAAGCUGCUCAAGGCUGACCAAGCCGCCGCCGCGGAGGAGGAGUUGCGUCAGAAGCGCCUCAAGAACCUCGAGGACGCCAAGAACAUCAAGAUCGUUGAGGAUCCCUCGCUCCCUCCUGCGACCCGCGUUGAGCUUUGGCAGAAGGAUCUGGAGCUGGGUGAGGGUGACAACAAGGGCCCGAGGGUCAAGGUGUUUGGCCGCAUCCACCACCUCCGUGUACAGAAGCAUGCCACCUUCCUGACGCUCAAGAGCGGCCCCGAUCAGCUGCAGUGCAUUCUCUCUGGCGACCUCACCAAGACUUACGAGGCUUUGCUGUUCGCUCAGGGCACAGCCCUCUUCGUCUAUGGCGAGCUCCGCAAGGUUCUGGAUGGCAAGAACGCACCCGAUGGCCGCGAGCUGCAGGUCGACUAUUACGAAGUCACGGGCCGUGCACCCGGUGACGCUGAUGCCAUUGCCAACAAGGUCUCAUGGUCGCAGGAUAUUUGGGAGUCGGAUAUGCUUGACAACAGGCACCUGGUUCUCCGUGGUGACCAGACCACGUCUGUACUCACAGUCAGGGAGGCCGUCGAGCUUGCAUUCAUCAAGACAUUUGAGAGCAUGAGGAUCAAGAAGGUCUCGCCACCGGCCCUUGUCCAGACCCAAGUCGAGGGAGGCUCAACACUGUUCAAGUUUGACUACUACGGAGAAGCCGCAUACCUUACACAGUCCUCUCAGUUGUACCUCGAGACGGUGUUGCCCUCGCUUGGCAACGUAUACUGCAUCGAAAAGUCGUUCCGUGCCGAGAAGAGUCUUACUCGUCGUCACCUGUCAGAAUACACGCACGUUGAGGGUGAGCUGGACGGUAUCAACUUUGAGGACCUCCUUGUCCACAUCGAGGAGGUCAUCUGCCGUGUAGUGGAUAGCGUCCUCGACAACCCCGAAGUUGCACGUCAUGUCAAGGCUCUCAACCCCGACUUCGUCAAGCCCUCCAGACCCUUCAUGAGGAUGAAGUACAGCGACGCCAUCGACUGGCUCAACGCCCAAGAUCCGCCCAUCCUCAACGAGGAGGGCCACCCGCACGUGUUCGGCGACGACAUCGCCGAGGCUGCCGAACGUAGGAUGACCGACAUCAUCAACAGGCCAAUCCUCCUAACGCACUUCCCCGUUGAGAUCAAGGCUUUCUACAUGAAGAAAGAUCCCAACGAUCUGCGGGUGACCGAGAGUGUCGAUGUGCUCAUGCCCGGUGUUGGUGAAAUCGUGGGAGGUUCGAUGAGGAUGGAGGGCUACGAGGAUCUGAUGGCGGCGUUCAAGAGGGAAGGCAUCGACCCGGCACCUUACUACUGGUACCUUGACCAGAGGAAAUAUGGCACAUCGCCGCACGGAGGAUACGGCCUGGGUCUCGAGCGCUUCUUGGCAUGGAUUGCGAAGCAGCACACGGUCCGCACUUGCUGCCUGUACCCUCGCUUCAUGGGACGUUGCAAACCUUGA